CCAGCAGAGAAACGCACUGUAACUGAACACCAAGCACAGGAAAACCCUGGGACUGGUUUGAGGAGAGACAGUGGGAGAGCAGGGAUAUCUCUUUUGGAUGGUAUGAUCGCAAAGUGAGAACCUAAAUCUGUCAGUUCAUUAAAGCAAUGAACUUGAACGUGAAAGAGUUUAAUUUCUUACUGAGAUGGAACUACACCACACUCUUCAGCUUUCUGUCUGGCAAGAUUAAACUGUUUUGUAUGCAGUAUAGAUGUAAAAGAAGUAUUGCGCAAAACAACUACAGCUGGAAGUAGAAAUACGGAAAGAAAGACAAAAACCAAUGCCGACGUCUUCAGUGGUUUUGUUGACAUUUUUAAAUUAAAUUUAAAAAGAGAAUAGUUCUGAGCCUGGUGUGCACACCCGUGUCGAGUGGGGCUGAGGAGUGGAUUCCACGCAUUGCUGAGUGGAUGUGUCCCUGCCGUCUCGCACUGUGGAACUUUAAUAAAGACUGCUGCUGUCCGCGGGUGGCUCACAGAGGCACGCGCCGUGGAACCCACAAGCACUCACCGGCCUCGACUCCCUAGUGGAAAUCAAAGUUGGCUUCCGUUGUUUGAAACGCAGAUUUAUGAUCCAGUCACUGCGGCAGCGGAUUGCAUUGCUGUGGGCAAAGUUAUAAACAUUUUUGGAUACUGAUGUUGCAACACGGGAUGGCCAAUUUAUAAUUUGGUGGGCUUUGAAGCUGUGGUUUCGCCGUUACUGUAGAAAACCGCAAGUCCAUACCGAAGGAAGCAUUAAGUAUAGAGUAUCAUAAAACCACAGGUUGCAACCUGUGCUCACUGGAAUUUACACGUAUCGUUAAUGGGGUUUGAAAUUACUACCCCGCGCUUCCCCCAAAAUGGGAUUAUCUGUUUUUAAAUAGAUUUAAAGUUGCAACUCUUGCAUGUGCUGUACAUGGUAAAUAAAGACCUUUCGACAGAAAAUAACAUCACAGGGAGAAAGCCGAACAAUAAUCACUCACGUCUUACUUCUGCAUUGUCAUCAAGUAUUUCAUUAUUCAAAACACGUUUACAGAAGAGAAGGUCGCUUGAUAAUAUUAUAUUACGGUACUGUGGAUUUACUGCAAUGACUACGAUGCGCAUCCGAAGACUUUCCCGAGGAACUGUCUUGCUGUCUGUCACUGCGCUCAUAGCAACGGUUGCAAGCCAGGUGCUACCUACCAGCUCUGAGUCCCUUUUGGGUUCCACCACCUCCACCACCACUUAUGGCCAACCUUCUGUGUACCUGCCGGCCAGCUUCAAGCUCUCCAAUGCUCAACAAGCCUUCUUCCUUCAGGAAACCAAACAGCAGUCCCACAGCAACCAAAGUGGACAUCCCCUACAGCGCACCGAAUGCUUUGUGGUUUUCCAGACCAAAGAGCUUCCCGCUGUCAAUGUCUCCUUUGGUCCUUACAACCAAGACCAAACCCUACCCAAGGAACUCCUUCAGCCCUCAAGCCCACUGGAUAUUCCUGGUCGUCUGACUGUCAACUGGAAGGUCCGCGCCUUCAUUGUGCAGCUUAGAGUGUUUUCCAGCACCCCUCUGGUCCAGGUUCUUUUCUACAUUGCAGGCCGAGACUGGGAUGACUUUGAGGUGGUGGAGAAACUACCUUGCGUCCGUCUGCAUGCUUUCAGGGACAUCCGGGAGAUCAAGACCUCCUGUAGGCUAACAGGCAGUCUGGCCCAGUGUCUAGCCCAGCUGGAACUCCCUCCAAACUGGUUCAACACCAAUGUGGCCCCUCUGGGUCGUAGGAAAGGCACGGAGGGCUUGGAGAUGAGUGGAGAGACUCUUCAGGCAGAACUCUACUACACCGUCCACGAGCCUGACGGCAAUGGCGAAUGUGGAGAGAACUCGCCCAGGCGAGGAGGGAGCACCAGGGGGGAACUUCCGACACAGCAUCCAUUGCUACGCAUCGGAAGUGUAAGCCUAUACCAGCCCAAUCAGGAGCAGAUGAUGGUGGAGAAGCAGCUGGACAAUAACAUCUUUGUGAGGCUGCCCGAGAAGCCUCUAAAGCCAGGGGAGAUCCUCAGCAUCUACCUGUUCCUGGUACCUAACUCUACCGUGGAGGAGUUCACACUCAAAGUGAAAGCCAAGAAGGGUGUAAAUCUCCUGUACAUCAGAUCCAAGAGCCAUCAGUGGUCUGUAAACUCGGAGGUUAUGACGGGAGGAAAGCAUUCCACUGCAACAGUGGUGGCGACCAAGAACAAAGGAGUCCAGCUGAGUGAUGUCACCUCCAUCCUGGAGCUCAUGCAGCUAGACUUUGAGAUGGAGAAUUUCACCAGCCAAUCGGUGACGAGACGCAUCAACUGGAACAUUGACUACCACGGCCGCAGCCCCCCGCCGGACUCAGAGAAGGUGGUCACUGAACUGACCGUCAUUCAGAGAGAUGUCAGAACCAUCAUCCCACUCUCCAUGGAUACAGAGAUCAUAAACACUGCUAUCCUGACUGGAAGGACUGUGGCUAUUCCAGUGAAGGUCGUUGCCAUAGAGAUGAAUGGUGCCGUCACGGACGUCUCUACGUUUGUGGAAUGCAAGUCGACCAAUGAUGACAUCAUCAAGGUUUCUAAGGGCUGCGACUAUGUGUUUGUGAAUGGGAAGGAGUCGCGUGGCUCAAUGAACGCCCGUGUGGUCUUCAGAUAUGAGCAUCUGAGUGCCCCCCUGGAGCUGACAGUCUGGGUCCCCAAACUGCCCCUGCAGGUGAAGCUGUCUGACUCCCGGCUGAGCCUCAUCAAGGGCUGGCGUGUUCCCAUCCUCCCGGACCGACGGGUUACGCGGGACAGUGAAGAUGACGAUGAAGAUGAUCGUCGCGUGAGCCGUGGUUGUACUCUGCAGUACCAGCAUGCCCUGGUACGUGUGCUGACGCAGUUUCACACCACCUCCACAGAGGGCACAGACCAGGUGAUCACCAUGCUGGGGCCUGAUUGGCAGGUAGAUGUCACAGAGCUGGUGCAGGAUUCUCUCAACGUGGAGGACGGGAGCCUUGCUGUACUGGUGGACAGGACCGUGCUAUUGGGGUUGGAACCAGGGACUACCAGUCUUAAGGUGGAGUCCCCCCUAAUGGAAGCUGUUCUAGGUGAGACCCAGGUGAUAAUAACUGAUGACAAAGUCUCAAUAACAAACCUCAGAGUGCAUGCCAUCGCCAGCCUCUCCCUCAAACUGCUGCCCAGCCCAGGAAACAGUCACACCAUGGUCGCCAAGGCAACAGGGCUGCAGACUAUCACUGAGCCUAAACAGGAGGCUACACUGACCAUAUGGAUAUAUUACAGUGACGGCACAGCGGCACCCUUGAGCCUAUACAACCCAAAAGACUAUAACCUGCAGGUCAGCACACUGGACGACAAGGUGGUCUCGGUGUCACAGGACCCGCAUCUCCGCUGGCCCACAGUGGUGGCUGAAGGAGAGGGCGCAGGGGAGAUCAUUCGAGCAGAGAUGACCAUCUGUGAAGCCUGCCAGAAAACCAAACGCAAAAGCGUGCUCUACUCUGCUCCCGUCUAUGUCAAAGUUCGCUUCGGGCCGGAGGAAGACUCUGAAGAAGAUGUAGACUACUAUCAAGGGGGCAGGACAAGCCAGGGAACCUUAGCGGGCACGAGAGAGGUAGAAGAAACAGCCUCUACUAGGAGAUCAGUUCUGGAUGGAGACAGCUACGAGCUGACAAACAAGCAGCCAGCCAGCAUCCCUAUCGAUUACACCAACUUCCCCACCACUAGCAUACGAUACGGGGAGGAAGAUGAAGAAGAGGAAGAAGAGGAGGAUGAUUUUGUCCAGGCCCCUCGGAGUCUAACAGACCUGGAGAUUGGGAUGUAUGCCCUCCUAGGUGUCUUCUGCCUGGCCAUCUUGGUCUUCCUCAUCAACUGCAUCGUCUUUGUUCUCAAGUACCGGCACAAACGUAUUCCUCCAGAGGGCCAGGCCAAUGUUGACCACUCUCAUCACUGGGUGUUCUUGGGAAAUGGGCAGCCCUUGCGGGCACAGAAUGACCUCUCACCCCGGCAGCCAGAAAGUCCAGGAAACCCCCUGGAAGGGGUGCAGACUUGUUGUCAUGGAGACCACCACAGCAGUGGCAGCUCCCAGACAAGCGUGCAGAGCCAGGUCCAUGGAAGAGGAGACGGGAGCUCAGGGGGGUCCACCAAGGAGCACAGUGAGGAACCCCUUAACUCGCCCACCUCCAAACGCAAGCGGGUCAAGUUUACCACCUUCACCACUCUACCCUCAGAGGACAUGCCCUACAACUCUAUCCCGAUAGCGGACGAGGAGGACAUACAAUGGGUCUGCCAGGACAUGGGCUUUCAAGACCCUGAAGAACUGCACGACUACAUGCGUAGGAUAAAGGAGAUAGCCUAGAAAGAGCAAGAAAGGUGCCGCAAUUUAGUUUCACUUAGUGGCAUUCACAAAUAAACAAUGGGAACAAACCAUUGUUUUCUUUGCACAGUGCCCUUCCUCUCCCAGACACUCCUUUCUUCCUUUCUUUCUUUCUUUCUUUCUUUCUUUCUUUCUUUCUUUCUUCUUUGAAGCUUAAAUCCACAAAUCCUUGAAGACUAUUCAAUGGCUUGCUAUUCUUUUGUUCUGGAUAUACACCUCCAGAGUGGGUCAGAUGUCUCAGAACAGUACUGACACAAUAGGGAGGUAUUCUACUGACCCACAAACGCUGGGUGAUGUAGGGCUGUUUGUGGCGUGGUGGGGCUCAGUUCCGGCUUUUGUUUGUUCGUUUAUCAUAAAUGCAAGUAUCUUCUCUAACAAGAGGCCUUUGAAGUGCAGGUCACAGAAACAGAGGAUGUUGGGACGGAUAGUUUAUGUUGAGUCUUUAUUGAAAAUGUAUCAUUUAUGCAUACGUAAGAAAUACUGAGAACGAGAUGAUGCUGUUUGUUUGAAUAAUUGCCGUGUCUUAAACACUCCAAAAACACUAUGCAUGGUUGGAGUGGCAACCUAGCGUCUGUCAAUGUGUAAUUGUUGACUUCUAACUAGUGUCCCCAACCCCAAUUCAAGUCUCCCCAAUACAGGUCAGAAAGACCACGAGCCGGUUUGUUCAGAUGAGAAAUUCCAACCAGAUGUUCAUAAGCACUUAAAUAAAAGUGAAAGCUUCUUUGUUUAAACAACUAAGCAUUCUGAUAACAUUAAGUUGAUUUGGGGGUGUCUAAUUUCUUUAGGAUUAAACCUGUUUAAAGAUGUAGGCCCAGAUAUUCGAAGCAAUGCACAAUCCCCUUGCAAAAUGUGUGUCUCGCAAAAAUUAGUGCUUUUGCACAAAAAUUGAUAUUUUCCAACACGGCACAAAACAGUUGCGCAAAGUUGGAAAGUAGCAGUUUUUUGCUCAAUUCGCAAAUGUGUUCAUGCCUCGCAAAACCACCUGCGCAUUCAUUACCAAUAUAGCAGAAAUGCACAAGAGCUACACGUGAAUGCGCAGAAAUGGAAUACUACACGACAAUGGGCUGUUAACAAUACCCUGCCAAGCAGCUAUCAUAGGUGUACAGUACAUACCAAUAUUCCUCUGUCUACACUCAAAUGUAACCUGCACAUGGAAUGCAGAAUCAAAGCUCAACACACAUAGGUAGCAUUGGCACCCCCUAAGUUGCAUGCCCUCCCCCACAAAUCUAUAAAUAAGCUACUAAAUGGAGAAAUGAAACAAUAGACCACAGGAUAGUAUAGGCUGUUCAACAUAUAACUUAUAUAAAAAUAUAUUGUAACAACUUACUAACUGGAUAAGUGUCAACAUGAAGGAGACGGACAAAAUAUCUCUGUAGCAUCAAACUCCACAUUUUAUUUUACAGAAACGCGCCUGUCAGCCGAUUUUCUGAGUAGCUCUGACCCGUGCAACUUACACUAUACAUAAACAUAUUUACGAAGUGUGGACUGUAAAACAAACCCACAAUGCUGAAAACACAACUCUAUUCGGAAGCCCCGAAGACGGGAAUCUCAGCAUGGAGCAAGAACGCUGCCUGUGGAUGCAGCCUGCACAUGUGUAUCCCUUACUCAUACUCCUGCUGAAAGCCCCUUCCAACUGCCCCCCACUCACCACUCCCCCUGCUCCUACCACACCUGUAUGGCAUAGUCAAUAGCAUGGAAUGCAGAUCGUGGGUGUCAAAGUAUGCUUCUGAUAUCAAUGAGAAAUAAAUACAGUAACAAUACCAAAAAAAAAAAAGUCAGUUGUGUCCUUAUACCCGAGUGUGGAAUUAUCGGGGGAGUGGCACGAAAGGAAAGGGAGCCUUUGGAGAAUGCAACAGGGAUAUUUUAUGGAUUAAGCCCUUGGGCACUGCAGCCCUUUGCCAAUGUUGCUGAGGAUAGGGCUAGCUAAAUGCAUGUAAUGGAACAUUCUGCGCAUUGCAAGUCUGUCACACGCAUCGCAAAACUUAGCCAUUUUCAUUGAAAUUUGGCCUUCGGAGCAAUUCAAAUAAUUUUGCGCUUAAUUAAGCAUAUGAAAUUUGCGCACAUGCAUACAUUUGUAUCUAAUGUUUAUCAUUAUCACAGGCAUUAGCAUGGCUAAUAAGCUAAAUGUUUAAAGGGCCAUCACAGAUUCUACGGAAUUCAAACAGAUAUAUCUAUGCUGUGCUGUUGGGAAGUGAGUUUAUGAUUUCUCUACUUCUGUCUCCAUAAUUUUGACAGGUGUCACACAAAUCUGAGUACAUGUUACCUAUUCUAAUUCAUUUACAUUUUUUUGACUUUCUUGUUUUCUGUUAAAGUACCAUCGGUUUUUUUCUCAGUAUUAGCCGUGAACUGUAAGUCGCCCUGGAUAUGGGUGUCUGUUAUAUACAUACAUUACCAACAACAACAACAACAAUAAUUAAUAAUAAUAUUAAUAAUCCAGCUGGAAUCAUCUGUUUUUUAAUAGCCUAUACAUAACUUGCUUGACAAACCUGGGGGGCAGUUAAUUCAACUUAAAUAAAACGGGCUGAACGGGCAGUGGAAUAAGAAAGGAGCACCUUUCGUACAUUUUAAAUUCAAAACGCUGACAAAAUUUACCAAUACAGUAAUCAGUAGCCUAGCCUACUACUGUAUAAACAGUGUCUUUGAUAUUGAAAUCUAUGUGAAUGCAAGGUAAGUGGUGCAAUCUGUUGCUUGAUCGAUCUAGGGUUGCAUUUACUGCUGUAUGUGUCUAUUAAAGUAAAGCGUUCCUGCAUUAUACAGGUAGUUGUUUAGUAUCUGCUGGCUCGGUCUAUGUUACAUACCGAUGGUAUGCACUAUGAUACUGUGCUGUACUUGUGAUUCUGUUUUGGGAGUUAUUCUUUCAGCACCAAGAAAGCGUGCUUGGGAAACGGAUUCGUUUUGUUUCAAUCUGAAAGAACGAUCAUGAUUGCAGCUUCCCUGUUUAUUUCUUAAACAUCUAUUAAAUCUAGUGAUGCUGCUAUCACAAUCGUUCUUUUGAAUAUAAUCAUUAUAUAGAUGUGGACGGAACCUUGUAUGAUCGCUGGGUGUUUUCCAUUGUUGUAGUACCUCGGAAAGCGCCUGCAUUUCACUUCAGUGAUUGCGAUAGUGAGUGCUGGAGUGAUGUGUGGCGUUAAGGCUUGCUUUUUAAAAGCAUUAUUUUGUGCCUCGCAAAACUGGUUUUGUGCUUGGCGCAUAAUUUCGAACAUGGCAGGAUCUCGCAAAUUGUCGUCCACUCCUGGCAAAUUACGCUAUGCAUAUAUGUGUGCACAGCGCAAAACGUAUUGUGGCACGCAAAAAGAAGUUUCGAAUAUGGCACAUGUUGCACAUUCGUGCAUAACAGCCAUUUGCAACGUGCAUAACCCUCUGCGCGUUGCGUAAACCUUUCAAAUAUCUGGCCCAUAAACUUUAACAUAUUUUUGUAACCAAUCCGAAAAGCCAUCGUAAGUAGCCCUCCAUUACUUUUUGUAAAUGACUACUGGAUUUGUGUAUAAGACUACAUGUGGACAGCAUUUAAUUGUAUAUGGAAAAUACUGGAUGAAAUAUUUAAUAUGAAAUAAAUUAGCCUACACUGUACACUUAGUACCAUGUAAACACUAUAGUUAACACCUAUAAGCUAAUGGCAUUAAACGUUUGAACACAGAAUCCAUGUUCAAUUCCAUGUUACUUAUUCUUAAGUAAAGUAAUGCUGUUUGUCAGUGGUGGGGUUUGAUGACUGGUUUCCCUGAAUAAUUAAACAGGUUCAGGAAACAUUAGAUGAGACAUAAAACAUCUAUCCCAACAUUCUUUGCAUGAAAGGAAAGUUCCUACUCAAAAUUAGUGAGCUUCUGAAUUUGUAAAUGUUUGUAUUGUAAUAAUUAUCUAAUCAUGCUUAUUAAAUAAUAAAGGAAGUAUGCUAUCAUGCAUUUCAAGACGUCAGACCUGCCACCCUACUGGCUGUUGCUGUCAGAUCUUGGAAUCAAAUUCAGAGAGAUACAUGCUGCACAAUGUGUGAUUACAGGAAGAAUUUAUCCAGUCUACUUCUGUAGAAGUCAUGUAGAUCAUAUUUAUUGAAGUAGGGAUUCCAUGGUCUCUUGUAGACUCAAUAAUUCCCAUAAUUUUUUCAUACCAUGUGGAACUCAGAAAUAGAUUCCAGGACUGUUGUGCCACAUCAAGUAAGCUUCUGUACUUGGGAUCAGGGGAAAUGUCCUGCUGCAGUUGCUGGUCAAACUAGCACAACUUCUUAACCCUUUUUUCCUGGAUAUAAGCUGGCAUUAUAGCUAUAGCAACCAACGAAUAACACCACUUGCUUAACCUGGAGGACACCUGCUGUUUGUAGUGUUAGGUGGUGCAAAAAUACUAAAUGGAAAUGCAAAGCAAAGGUCAGUGGAGAGAGAAAGUGUAGGAUAGCAGGCCUGUAGCGUUUAUUAAUUAAGUAUUUUUUAUUAAGUUCGCAAUCUCUCUCUCACACACACACACAUUAAAAAGCUUAUGAUGGCUCGGCCUCUCUGUGUAAAUGCGUGUGUGUUGGAAGAAAGAGGGGACACUACUGUGGUUGGCUGGAAAAAUCUAAACCUUGAAGUCGAUUUUGUAGAUGCUGACUUUCUGCUGGGGGGUGUAACCCAAAGCUGAUUGAUUGACUAUUACAGUAUUAUAAAUAAACAUUGGAAAUGAAGAGCCUUAACUACAAGCUACAGGAGAUGAGGAACGAGUUUGGGGUUCUCCUCAAUGUUUCUAGACACAGUGUUGAUAGAUUCAAACCACAUCCAAGAUGGCUGAACCUUUCAUAUUCUGAACUGCAUUUCUGAAUUUCUGACAACUAUUAAAUCAUAAUUAUUUUACAAAUGAUAUCCAAACGUUCAAACCUUCAAUCAAAAAUUGUGAUGAAAAGGGAAGAGGUUUAGAUAUAUUUGAAUAACCAUUGCACCACUGGAGGGAGCCACAUCUGGAUUUGUUUUGAGUAUUUUACAAUAUCAGACACCUGGAUUCCAUCAACCAAUUUUAGGGAUGUUCCCAGGAUCCCCACAGAUAGGUGCUGUGAAUGCUGUCCCUUCACCAAUAUACCUACACUAAACUAGGCUGAGUGCAGUUACGCCAAAAUGUUUGUGUGCUUAAGUUUUAUUUAAUGUAUUACUGUACCCCUUUCUGCUUGGGUUACAGAAAACAUGAUAAAAGAAUAUAUAAAGACUGAUGAAAAUAUUGAUAAAGCUCUUAUUCAAAAUUGUCCAGGAAAAACACACCCCAUAAAGUUAUCAAACCAAAAAUGUAGGGGUCUGUUAGUACCCUAAGGUGUUUCAUAUUAGUUUUUGAUAUUUUUUUCUUUUUUUCUUUAAAAAAAAUAAUUCAGUGUAACGAGUCAUACUAUUUAAAGCUAUACUACAUUUAACAAAAGCAAUUUAAAUUUCAUCCUCAUGCAUUUCAUAGUUAACAGUUUUGUUCUGCCGUGUGUUUUUGGUCUUCUGUUGCGUGAAAGCAAUACUAUCACCCUAAUUAUAAACAGAUUAUUAUUAACUAUUAACUAAAAAUAGUAAAAUAGUCAUUUUCAAUAUACAGGACAUGAAUAGUAUAAAAUGGGGUUUCAUCAUCUUAAAAAUAGUGAAUUUCAAUUCCAUCCCCUCACCACUCUCUCUCUAUGUGAAGAAGUGUCUCCUUCAACAACAUGACUAGGUAGCCCAUUCCAUCCCCUCACCACUCUCUCUAUGUGAAGAAGUGUCUCCUUCAACAACAUGACUAGAUAGCCCAUUCCAUCCCCUCACCACUCUAUGUGAAGAAGUGUCUCCUUCAACAACAUGACUAGGUAGCCCAUUCCAUCCCCUCACCACUCUCUAUGUGAAGAAGUGUCUCCUUCAACAGCAUGACUAGGUAGCCCAAUUCCAUCCCCUCACCACUCUAUGUGAAGAAGUGUCUCCUUCAACAGCAUGACUAGGUAGCCCAUUCAAUGCCUUCACCAUUCUCUCUAUGUGAAGAAGUGUCUCCUUCAACAGCAUGACUAGGUAGCCCAUUCCAUGCCCUCACCACUCUCUCUAUGUGAAGAAGUGUCUCCUUCAACAGCAUGACUAGGUAGCCCAAUUCCAUCCCCUCACCACUCUCUCUCUAUGUGAAGAAGUGUCUCCUUCAACAACAUGACUAGGUAGCCCAUCCCAUGCCUUCACCAUUCUCUCUCUAUGUGAAGAAGUGUCUCCUUCAACAACAUGACUAGGUAGCCCAUUCCAUCCCCUCACCACUCUCCAAGUCUCAAUUGUCACUAAUAAUAUAGCAGACAUUUUGUUGAAAUGUUAUACCUGUUCAAUUCAAUUUGGGAAAUAAAUGAUAGGCGAUUGAAAAAUUAAUUCCCCAACCCACUAAAUACAGUAAUGCAUAGCAAUCAAUGUUUUAAUGCGCACUUCCUCAGUAAAGCACUGUGUGUAAAACCAUGUGAUUACCACACACUUUAUUCCCAGUCACUUUUUCAUCACGCACUGCAGCAUACAGAUGUAAAUUGGGUAUACAUGAUCAAAAACUAUUUUAAACGUACUUUAACACCUGUAAACAAACUGUUCCUUCCUUAACGCUUAAUUAAUUAAAAAUACAUUUUACACACACCAGGAAACCUCAUUCAUUUGCCUUCUUGCUUUCAAGAGUGACAAAAAGUAGACAAAUAUAGCUUUAACAUCAUUAAUCUCUCACACAGUUCUCAUUAGUCAGUGACUACAUAUACUCUGAACAAUUUAAUUAUGAAUCAAAUAUUCAAAUGUACGCAGUGAAGCUGGAUUUCAAAUGUCAAAUACUUGCCUAUCUUUGUUCUCAUAAGUAUUCCGUUUGCAUUCAGUGCUCUUUAAAGUAGAACACUCAUUAACUUGACUUGCUAACAUGGAUUGGCAGUAUCUUGGACCAUCACCAUGUCUACAUUUGUAAAGCAGAGAGGCAAAAUGAGUCUUCUAAACUGCAGUGGUAACAGACCCAUGUUAGUAUACAUCAAAUGGGUGAAUAGAACCAGCACAGCCCAAGACAAACCUACGCAGUCUGUUCAAUACAGUGUCCAAGCAAUUUAGAGACAUGUAAACAACAUCUCCGUAGUCAAUAGCAGGCAACAGUAUUUGUAGAACAACUCUUUCUAUUAGUAAGCCCUCAGCCUAUCCAAACUACCCACGCUACUACCGACCCCUUGACUGUGCCUCUAAAUGUUGCAGAGUUUCAGGUUGGUUUGUGCCAGUGACAAUUUGGAGUAAGAGCUUUUGAGCCGUCAUAUCUAUUGCUUGUAGUAAUAUUAUUUAAGUCAUGGUGAGUGGGGUGUCUCUUAUUAUUAUGGGCCACUCAAACUGUGACAAAUUAUUUAUAAUAAGAGACUCACUACACACAACAUGAUUACUAAUUAUAAAGUACAAAAACUCAUAAACUACUAUUACACAUAUAUUUUUGUUAAUUUAGCUGUAACCUUACUGGGCACACUUAAAAACAUGCUUGAUCAAUUCUGUAAUUCCAAAAUGAUUGGGAACAUGAGGGAAGUGUUUUUUUUUUUUCAAUCUUAUUUAAAGAAUUCCCCUGCAUAAAGGAUGCAAAAUGUGCUUGUCUAUAUGUGGUAAAGUCAGCCAGCUACAAUGUCCAGCACUGGGAGGCACAGACAGAUUCAUUCCAUUUGGACGCCCUGUUGGACCCUCUAUAAAGCUUUAACUUCUGAGUUAAGAAGUUUAAAAUAUUCAUGAAAUCUAGACUGUUGUUGAAAAUGUACUGAAUACUGUAUUCCUAAAAAACAUUCUUUCAGUAACUCCAUAAUAUACAGUAUGUUUAAUUUUGUUAUUUUUAGCGUUUUAUAUUAUAGGCACCAAACACUGUGCUGUAUAUGUUUAUUCUCCUUGGCGGAUGUCUGUCUCAGAGGCCACGUGUGAGCAAGUAUAAGCUUGAAAACGCGUCAGAGUGUAUGCGCAACGGGGAAAUGCCACUGGAGAAAGGGUCAAUACGAGUAAAAAUUGUAAAUCUCUUUCCAUUUAUGGCUUGAUACAAAUAUUUGGGUAACACUUUAAAAUAAGUGUCUGUUCAUGAUUAUUUCAUGUGUAUUAAGGGAAAUGUUAUGAAGUCUUGAAAAGUAUGACAUGAACUCAUGCUUGUGACUUGAAUUCAUUUGGAAUUUCAUUUGAAAUCAGUAGGAAAUCAUGUGUUAGUUACACUGGAAUUACAGACACAUUUUAAAGUGUUACCAAUAUUUGUAUCUGCUACAGGUUCCAUUAACAUAACAACAUGAUCCUAUUGCUUGAAAUAAAUCUAAAGUGAUUGUAGCUAAAUCAUUCCAUCCAUCUUAACUGUUGUGCACCUGUUAUAUUUUUAGUUCACUACACUAAGCUAAAGAAAUCUUGCAUGCAAUGCUUUCAGAUAGCGUUGCACUUCCUUGAUCCUCCUGGAAGGUGAAAUUGUCCCCACCCCUUCAACAGCUUCCGUCCUUAACCAAUAAGCUGCUUCCCCUGCUUACUAACAUGCUUUCAGCCAUGACCCAGAAGACACUGCUGAGGUGAAAUGGCCUAGGAAGUGUAAGAGCUGUCCUGAGAGGCAUGGGACCUGAGAACGUUCUUUAACCUAAAGUUAUAUGGAAUCAAUUUGCUAGCUACAAUCACUUUAAUUGUAUAAAACUAGUUAGCAACAAGUUACAGCUACAAACAGCUAUUGUUUAUACUGUUUUUUUUUGUUUUUUUUUACUAAAUAGGGCCCCAAAAUUACUUUCUGCUCCCCACUUCCUGUGUUAUAGUUAAUAGUUUUCCCUUGACGCAAUAGAAAAUGACAGGUGGGGUUCUAUUACUUUACCUGUAACACAGGAAGUGCACUUAUUGAGUUGUGACAGCCAAAAUGGCCUUCCAGUUGAAAACUAUAAGACAGAUGAGAAUGGUUAUUGAGAGAAAUGUAAGGUCUUGGUAACUGCAUGGUUUUCUGUAAGUGUUACUUAUUUCUGCUGAGAGUUUAAUGAAUUAAUUGAACUGUACUUAAUUAUCAAGCUGAGAUAUCACCUGUGGCGCAUUACAAGAGACAUCAGUAGUAUAUUACUUCAUUACAAAAGGCAGGACAAUACAUAAUUUGCUUAUUCCAGGCUGUGUAGACAAUAGCGCAGUGUACAGCCCAUUCAAUUUCUAAAAUCUCUCUGGUGCACUCUGCUGGAAGACGGAGGUAUUGGUUUUACACUUCAAGCUGCACCGCAUGAUAACUGUGACGUGCCUCGAGGUACCUCAGGUCUCCUGUGAACCAGGGACAUUUUCCAUGAAGCCCACAGUAUGUCGCUCCAGUAUACUACAUGUGAUAACAGUGAGAUCUUAUAUCAGUAUAGUUUGCUUGGAAAAAACAUCGACCACAAUGGAAGUUAAAGAGUAAGUAGCGGGUUUCCGAAAAAAUAUAGUGUUUCACGUCCACACGUGUUGCUACAACUGUUUAAAUGAUAUACCUGUAAUUGUUAUUUUUAUUGUUAACAUCCUGACAACGUUUCACACUUACAACUUUAAAGUUUCAAAGCUUUUUGCAAAAUGUCAACUCUAGUGCACCGAUAGUGUAAGGAUUAUUGCCCACAUUGACAAACAGGUAACACAACAGUAACGAUCUAUGAUGUGGUACAGAGCAGAAAAGCCAGAGCACUUGUUGUUAUGUUUUUUUUUUUUUUAAUCGCUCUUCCUGCUGUGAUUUUAGAGGAUAGAUCUCAAAUUCCAGUGCACUAGAGCGGACAUUUUGAAAAGAGCUUUGAAACAGACUUUAAAGUUAUAAGUGUAAAAAAGUUGUCAGGAUGUUAACAAUGAAAAGAAAAAUUACAGGUAUGUUAUUUAAACAGUUGUAGCAGCACGUGGGGACGUGUAACGCUGUAUUUUUUUGGAACCCUGCUACUUACUCUUUAAGAGUGGUAUAUUAAUUAAUCAUGACAGAUUAAUGUACAUAACUAAUAAAAAACAGUGGUCCUUAUUCUACUAAUGGCAUUCACUCUGAGUGUCAACAUCAUAAUCUAACCGGCAAUACAAAGUGAAGGAAAUAUGAGUGAUAUCAAUAAUUUAGCACAGGAGUGUGGUGUAAGAAAGUGAUAUAGUGCUGGUAGCAGAAUGCAUAAAACUUGUAAUUAUCUGUUCAUAUAUGACACUUAAUUUAACAUGUUGCCAAUUUCUGUUUCUAAAUAAACUACAAAACAAAAGGCACAGUAAGGGUAUAGUCGUUAAUGAAACACUUAUUUAUAUAUACACCAUGUAAGAUUGUAUAUAGCAUUACGUCAUCCUAUUAAUAUUGCAUUGCCAUGUCUGUCUAAAGCUUGAUUUACUGUUAUUUACCUUCAGUGUCUGUGUCUUUAAACAAAUAAAAAUGUACAACAUGGG